GCCACGUUCGAAAGACUUUUUUCUUUAACAUAUUCUCAUGCUUGGCCCGAAUGUUUUGAAAUAUGGAGCUACUUAAUUGAGUCGUUUGGACCUAGGUUGCUUUUUUACUUAGAAGGCGGUAUCGUUUUAGCUUCUCAGUUAUAUAAAGAUGAAGGGUUCAAGGGAAAGCAGGCGCAUGGCUUGAUGUUUGGGAAACUUAUAAGUUGUUGCGGCGCAUCUACUCUCUUUGGGAUUCUCCCCCUCGAACUUAACGAAAAUGGCGAACUACACAGAAGUUGGCUACUUCCGCUAUGCGCCAGGUCCAACCGCCGGUGCCAGCUUGGCUUCUUUCGGAAUCAUAUUCUUCCUUUAAUUGAACACGUGAGGAAAGCACGUGAUAAUUUUCAGGAGGCUAGGAAUGACUCUGCUUAUCUAUACCAACGCCGUCUGUAUAAGCAACUUUGGGCACUUUUGCCGGGUUUCUUUACUCUUCCAACCGACGUACCUUCGGAGUUCAAUCACAUGGCCAAACUACUUUCCCGUUGCCUUGAAAACGAUGAAGAGUUGCACGUGAUUAUCUGCCAGUCUCUGGACGCAUUGGUCGGCCAUUUUCAGUGCGUUCUCACUUCUGAGAGUUCCUCCCUGGACGAAGCGGAACGCGCUAAAAAAUCCUUGGAAACAGUGAAGCUAUACUCCUACAACUUACUGGCCGUUUUAUUUAAUGCGUAUUUGCCCUCGAGGGCUUCUUUUUUGUUGAAGACCGUAACUUCUCUGGUUUCAAUAUCCGAUACAAAAGUUAUAAACACGUUUGGCUUACAGCUAAUGAGCAAAAUAUUAUCGAUUGUUACUGCCUCUGAAAGGAACCUGCAAGUUAAUAAACGCCUUCAUGCGCUUCUGAGUUUAUCUGGUACUCUCUGUAUUAAACUUGAUAAGAAGCAUUUGUUAAGAUACUACAAUAUUAUAACUAAACUUUUAAAGGACAAAGACGGCACCGUUCAAAAACUAGCGUACACAGGAAUCGGCAGGAUCUGUCAAAUUAACGCUGAAGACAAUAACGAAUUUCUAUGCGAUCACUUACCGGAGUUGUGCGGAUUACUUAUUGACACGUGCGAUGUUGUUCAUGCCUCUGCCAAGAAAAUUCGUCUUCGCCUUUUGGUUGUACUUAUACCUCAUCUACCGGCUAGCGAACUUUCGAAGAUACAUUAUUAUCUUCUGGAGGCUAUCCUCGCUGUAAAAGAAGUGAAUGAGACUACGCGUAAACUUGGCUAUCAGCUCUUGAUUACUAUUGGGAAACGGUUUUUAUCAAACAAUAGCGAUGAAUCUUACAAGAGAUUGAAUGGCUCCACAGCAAUAGUCAGUUUACAUGAAUUUUUUCGGAUGGUGUUAAGCCAUUUGGCGGGACAGACUCCUCACCUUAUAAGCGCUACAGUUGCCUCAUUAGGGACUUUACUAUACGAGUUUUCGAAUUUUUUGCAUGAUAAGGAAAUAAAUGACUUAGUUAACACCGUUUUCAAACUGCUCCGCGGUUCCAGCCAAGAGAUACUGAAAGCUACUCUUGGCUUUGUGAAAGUUGCACUGACGGCUCUUUCUGCUGAAAAUUUUUUUCCUCAUGUCCAGCCUAUAAUAGAAACAAUUACGAAUUGGGAGUCUUCUGUAAAGUAUCAUUUUAGAAUGAAAAUAAAAGUUAUUUUAGAGCGUUGCAUACGCAAGUUUGGUUAUGAGUUUGUUAAAAAACUUGUUCCCGAAAGAGAUCAGAAGUGGCUGGUCUCUAUUAAAAAAAAUCGUGAAAAAGCUGUUAAGAAGAAGCGUCUGCAGAAAAUUAACCACCCAACCGCAAUGGCUGAGGCCACUUUAAAAUACAAUGAAAACAAUGCAAAUCAGAAGAGAUUCUGGAUCAAAGAGGAUGAGAACAGCACUAUGGACUUUCUUAAUCCCACCAUAGUUGAUAAUAUUGUUUCGGUUGAUACGAAUAAAGCUAAAGAGCCGAUCACGUGGGAGCAUUAUACAAAGAGCGGGAAGUUGUUCAUUACUGAGUGCGAAAGUGGAGAUGAAAAACACGAUAGCGACGAUGAAGAGCCUUCACUAACUAAGUUUGCGAUGAACAAGGAAUUCGAAUGUAAACCUGACUUUGGAAACAAUGAUUUAAAAAGGAAAAAGAGUACAAAAAAAUCCCAAAAAAAAGUGAAAGCUGAUAAUGCAUUUGAGCCCUACGCUUACCUUCCUUUUGACCCUGCAGCCCUUAACAAAAGAACCCGCAAUAAAGUUUCCAAUGUCUCGCGAGCUCUUUUUAGAAAAAGAAAAAAGACCUUAAGAAAGAAUUUUGUUCAUAAAAAAAAGUCUUCUACUAAUUAACAAGAAAACCCCAAAGUUGUUUGGAUGACAUGCGUUUGUCCGCCUUUAUUUUUAAUGGCACUAUAGGAGGAGCGACGGGGAGAAAUAUCAUGAGGAUAAUAU